CCGCAGACCCCUCGGGCCGGGUUCUCCCGCCCGUUCCCGCGCAGCACAAGACGUAGGUUCCGCCCCGCGUGGUGCAGCCCCGGCUGGAGCGGCGAUGCGCCUCAUCCAGAACAUGUGCACGAUCGCCGAGUACUCCGCCCCGGGCAGCGCCGCCGCCGCCGCCGACUGCUGCCUGGGGGCGGCGGGCCGCCGCCUGGUCAAGAUCGCUGUGGUGGGGGCCAGUGGCGUGGGCAAGACCGCUCUGGUGGUCCGGUUCCUCACCAAACGAUUCAUCGGUGACUAUGAAAGAAACGCAGGUAAUCUCUAUACCAGACAAGUGCAAAUAGAAGGUGAAACCCUGGCUCUUCAGGUUCAAGACACUCCAGGUAUUCAGGUGCACGAGAACGGCCUGAGCUGCGGCGAACAGCUGAAUAGGUGCAUUCGCUGGGCCGAUGCGGUGGUGAUCGUGUUCUCUGUCACCGACUACAAGAGCUAUGAACUCAUCGGUCAGCUCCACCAGCACAUCCAGCAGCUGCACCUGGGCAGCCGGCUACCGGUGGUGGUUGUGGCCAACAAAGCCGACCUGCUGCACGUCAAGCAGGUGGACCCCCAGCUGGGACUGCAGCUGGCCAGCAUGCUGGGCUGCUCGUUCUAUGAAGUGUCCGUCAGCGAGAACUACAACGAUGUCUAUAACGCCUUCCACGUCCUGUGCAAGGAAGUGAGUCACAAACAGCCCAGCAGCACGCCGGAGAAGCGCAGGACCUCCCUCAUCCCCCGGCCCAAGUCCCCCAACAUGCAGGACCUGAAGAGGAGGUUCAAGCAAGCCCUUUCGGCCAAAGUGAGGACUGUCACCUCCGUCUGA